AUCUGGCUGUCAAAAUACCGUGUGUUGGAUAAUCAAAAUAAAACGAAAAGUGUGCAGUCCUCUGCUUCGGUGUCCGGCAAAAUGCUUCUGCUUAAGAAUCUACCUAUGUCUAUGCGAUAUUUACACAAAGCAGUACAAUCUGCUCGGGGCUCAGCCGUGCUAAACGGCGAAACGAAGAAGUGCGUGCGGAAUCCGAACAAAUCUAGCUUGCUCACUCAUCUGCCCGAUUACACUUACAUGGAUGGACGUGUUACACCUUUCGGAGCCAAUCAAAGGAAGCGGAUUAUUCAGCAGCGCGAAAUUGCUAAGCAUAUAGUGACACUUUCCAAAGAAAUGGAUUUUGCCGUAGAACGACAUCAAAGAAAUAUGGCCGAGGCCGAAGAAACCAAACAAAAGCUGCUAGCCGCAAAGCUGAAGCCCAAAGGUCAUUUAUUGUUGCAGAAAAAAUAAAGUUUGAUUUUGCUAUAUGAAUAAACAAUCCCAUUGCUAGCCGUUAGCUUGAAUGUUGA